AUGGCCUCCCAGACCUACAGCUCGACAGCCCGCGCUGUCAAACCCCCAUUGUCCACCCCUCGCCCCGAGACAACCCGCAAUUUCGCCGACCCGGACUUCGACCCAGCCGACUUUCUCAAUGAGUCGCUCUCCCCGCUGACCGUGGCAGCGUCGCAGCCCAAUGCCUCACGAGCGCCGGGCUCCGUGCCCCUGACCGAGCUGUCCGCGCAGGUCCAGUCUUUGCUUUCAACGAUCAGCGCCCAGAAUGUGCGUCUCUCGACUACGUUGUCCCAGCUCACCGAUGAGAUUCUCCGCAGUGGCGGCCGUCUGGCUUACGAGGUGGAAGUGCUACGCGGCGAAACGAUUGGGCUGUCUGAAACUUUGACCGACGUUCUGCGUGAGGACAUUGCCAAGUUUGUCCCGGAGCCCUCGGCUGCCCCCGUGGCUGUUUCUACUGGCCGCGAGACCGAACAGACUCACGACUUGAAAGACACUGCGACAUCGAUACCCAUAGAGGAAGGAGAGGAUACAGAUACAGAUACAGAGGUGGAAGAGAACCCGGAGAAGCAGGAGGUCAAGAAGACGGAACAAAAGGAGAACGCGGUCGCGCCCGACCCCGAAUACAUCACCAACCUGCGCACAUUGAACCAGGUACGGUCGCGACUGGAGGAUGUCGUGCAGACCUUUGGCACUGCGAUGGAAUGGCCUCUGCCGCCGUCGGAGGUCUCCUUCUCGUCGUCAUUCAUCUCUGUCUCGGGCCCUGACCGCGACACGACCGGCCACAACCACGAGGAGAAGGGCCAGGAAAUCAUGAAGAAGCUACGCACCGAAGUGUCGGAGUUACUAGAGAGUGAGGGCGGUGGCUGGGCUGGUUUGGAGGCUGCCAGUGGUCGCGUGGAGACUCUACGAAUUCUCUCUACGGUUUGGAAGGGAUCGGCCGAGGAGAAGGCGCGCGGUCGGUUUGUGGACAGUUUGGCCAAGAUGUUGGAUGAUCGGCGCCGCACGCUGGAACAGACCGCGGACCCCCAGCGUGGCCCCCGCCCGAGGUCUGAGCAAAGACGGGAUAGCGACAGUGGUGGCGGGGGAUUGUUUCGCAAUCUCCAACGGCUGCGCGAGGAAAUGUACCUCGAGUGA